AUGCAGAAUGCCGCGAAAUGGUCAAGAUCACCCGGAAAUUCCGGCGUCCGCAAGGCUACCGAAUCAGGCCCUCGAGGCAUGUGGAAGGCAGCCAAGUGGGCGAGGAGCAAGGAGGCCCGCGGAAACCUUAUACUGAUGCUGAUAACGGAUAACGGGCUCGCAGAGACCGCAGAACAGAAAGUAAAGACAUUUCGCAAAGCUUUCUUUUCUGAACUAUCUCUGGCCGACCUCUCUGACAUCUCUACGGCUCAGAUAUUUCCCCAGAUUGAUUUCCCGGAUUUUACCGAGCACGAGGUGCUCCGCUGUAUCAGGCAGGCGCCUCCCGAUAAAGUACCAGGGCCGGAUGGCAUCCCUAACAAGCAAUCGAUUACUGUAGUACUGCGUAAAGCAGCCCCCCGGGACUAUUGUAUCGCCAAAUCCUACCGACCUAUAGCGCUCCUGAAUACCCUCGGUAAGAUCCUGGAGGCCGUGGCUACAGUACGGAUCGCCUGGGCCCUGGAGGAGCGCAAUCUCCUACCCAGGAGCCAUCUAGGGGGCCGCAGGGGCAUCUCAGUCGAUCACCUGAUCCAGUUGCUUCUUGACCAGAUCUUUGAGAACUGGGGCAAAGGCCGGAAAGUCAGUAUGCUAUUCCUAGACGUAGCUGGCGUUUUCGAUAACGUCUCGCAUAUACGGCUCCUCCACAAUCUACGUAUGAUAGGGCUCGAUUUCUUCGCCGGCUGGCUCAAGUCCUUUUUAUCGAAUCGAUCGACAAGGCUGCAGCUCUCCGGAUAUCUCAGCAACCUUAUUUUAACCCCUACCGGGAUCCCCCAGGGGUCCCCUAUAUCGCCGAUCCUAUUCCUCCUAUUUAAUACCCCCCUCAUUCGCGCCCUAUCGAUUAACGGUCCCGAGGCCCUUCGGAUUCAGCUACCCCUCCUGGAGGGAGGCAAGACAGUUUCCUACGGGUGGAUUGACGAUGUUGCCACCCUGGCCAUCUCGGAUAGCUACGCGGUCAACCAGCGUCUCCUAGAGAGGGCCCUGGACAAGGCCGCGGUAUGCUCAAGGCAGCAUUCGUCCAAAUUUGCCCCCGAUAAGUUCGAACUCAUUCAUUUCAAGAACCCGUUUCGCCCUGAUCCUGCGGUAGAACGAUCCGUACCGCAGGAAUAUAUAUAUACUGAGCCGUGGCAGGGAGAGAACCCAGAGGUUGACAACUGGGAUCCCCCAAUGGAACCCCCUGGUCACGAUCAGCUGCCCAUCAAGGAUCACGCAACCGGCUCUAUUAUCAAACCAGUAGAGUACGCCAAAUAUCUAGGAAUCUGGCUCGAUAGGACCCUUUCGUUUGAUACCUACAGGGCCAAGGCCCUUGUCAAGGCGAACAGAACCUUGGAAGCCCUCCGCAGCAUCUCAGGCUCGACCUGGGGGACCUCCCUGCUGAGCAUGCGCCGCAUCUACCUAGCAGUGGUAGUCCCUCAGUUACUCUACGGGGCGGCGGCCUGGUAUAGCCCUACAAGCCGGACAGCUAACUACAAGAAGCUCCAGAAGACAGUUAAUAAAUUUCAGAAAAUUCAAACCCGCGCAGCUAUUUUUAUCAGUGGCACGUUCCGUAACACGGCUUCAGCUGCACUAGAGAUAGAGCUCUACCUUCCCCCUAUGCAAAUACAGAUGCAACAAACUAUUCAAGAGGCGGCUAUUCGGAUCCAAACCGGGCCGGCUAUAACCUGCCCCCGGGGCCUCCGCUGGGAAAGGUGCAUCAUUGAGGGGGCAGAGAAAGCAGUCCAGACUCACGAUAGAAUCUGCCGCGAGGACCGGCAGAUCUGGUAUACAGAUGGAAACGGCUAUCAGGGGAUGAUCGGAGCUGCUGCGGUCUCUAUUCGAGCAGGUAAGACCGCUAGGAAGUAUCUAGGAACGGAACUGGACUCUACGGUCUACGUUGGGGAAUUGGAAGGGACCCGAAUGGCCCUAGAUCGGGCGAAGCCUAUCCCGAUCACGGUCUUCUCAGACAGCCAAGCAGCUAUUCAAGCCGUGCGCAACCCUGGCCGGCCAUCGGGCCAGUACGCAUUGCGGGCUAUUUACGAGAGGAUCAGGACCCUGAGGAACGAGAGCCUAGAGGAUGCUGAAUUACGUUAG